CACAACUUCUAGAGAAGGUCUGAGGGCCACCCUUGGAUUUGGGAAAGGCUGAUCUGGGGCCACAGUUGCGUACAUUUUUAUAUAUAUAUAGUGGUUCUUCACCUGUACAAUUUGGGCAAGGAAGAUGCCCAGACUUACAGGAGGAGUAGCAAAAUCUCUGGAUUUCUCCAGGACUCCAGUGUGUUCUCAGCAUCCAGGAAGGAUGGCAGAAAGCAAUUAGGGACACAGCUUGUCAUUAACACCAAAGCAUCUUUUGAGUGCCACAAGGAGGAAAACAUCCAAGGAACACCCCCUCGGAGUUCCAGAGGAUCUGAAGAAGGGGUGGAGAGCAAUUAAUCCUCUCUCUCUUUGUUUGCGACUUUGCACCUCGGAGCAAUUCACGGAGGGGGGACUUCGCAAGAGGGACCAACUGGCUCUUCAAAUUCACCCAUGCGUUGCUGCCCGCAGAGAGUUUUUGGCCCAUAAACCACAAUCCCUGGAUCUGGAAACUCCCCAGCGUAAUAUUAGCUGUUGAGGGAUUGUAACUGAGAUACAAUUCACCUACUCCCGAGGUUGUUCUCGGUGGUAGACGGUUGAUUCUGUCUUUCUCCCUUCUCCUCUCUUCUCAGAUCUACAGAUAUUACUCCCUGCUUUCCUACCUGCCGAUCAUUCUGUGCCUCGCCAUGCUGAGUCUUUGGUACCCUCUGAAACUGGUUGAGAGCUUCAAAGGGGACGCCAAGAUGGCGGCCGAGAAGGAUCCAGGAAGUAGCUAUUAUGAAGAAUAUUUGAAGCACCUCCUGACUAAAAGAACACCCAAGAAAAGCAUCAAUGGAGUGAAGCGGAGCGUGCGUUCGAGCCUCCAGUCCUACCUGCGUACAUUUGUAUACACACCCCAAGAAGGUUUCCAGAUCCCACUGAAGUUGGCCCUCUCUAUAGCCAUGGCGGUGAUAGCUGUCUACCAGGUGUCCCUUCUUCUACUUGCUUCCUUCAUCCCCAACAUCCAGAUCAUCAGAGCUGGGAUGACCAAGGAAAUGACUGCGCUCUUUGUCCAGUUUGGUCUAAUUCCUUCUGAAAAACCUGCCAACAUUCCUGGAGACAAAGAGUUGGCAACAGCUAAGCACUACAUCUGGUCAUUGGAAGUGUGCUUCAUCUCUUCCCUGGUCCUCUCCUGCCUGGUGACCUUCUGCAUGUUAAUGAAGUCCUUGGGAAACCAUAG